UCGUUUUAAAGCUAACUGAAACAAAGAAAUUUCCAACUCAUUUCAGGAUUGAAGAAAAUUUCCCCUCCAAUCACGUCAUGUUCAACUCCAUCUUCCUAACACCACCAAACAACCCACAAAACUCGACCCCUAUUUGCGCUCCCACCAUGGAAAUUACCUCACACACUCAUCACCUUCACUUGGACGACCAUUUUCUAGUUGAUCCUGAACAAUCCAAUUGCAAGGAAACUUCUACUUUCAUUUCAUCACAUGGGAAGACUUCCGCCGAUGGCAGCUGCUGGGAAGUUCCAGGAUGCAACUCAUUUGCUUAUCAGUACAUCCAACCAAAUUAUGAUGAUAAGGGUUCUGCAAACACAGAGGAUAUCAACGGGGAUGGUUUAAGGUUUAAAAUUGCCUUCCGAACCAAAUCUGAUAUUGAGAUAAUGGAUGAUGGGUACAGAUGGAGAAAAUAUGGGAAGAAGAAGGUUAAGAAUAACCCUAAUCCAAGGAACUAUUAUCAGUGCUCAAGCGAAGGAUGCAAGGUGAAAAAAAGGGUGGAAAGGGAAAGAGAAGAUCCAAGGUUUGUAAUAACUACUUACGUGGGGAAGCAUAACCAUGAAACCCUUUCACCUUCUCCUUUAUCUUCUGCUUUCGAUAUCUCCCCUUCUUCUCACUCAACCACUUCACUUCCACACACGCUUCAAAUUCUUCAUCAACCUUAGCUACCUACAUUUCAUUCCAUCUAUAUAAUUUUCACUUGAUUCGUACUUUUGUUACUAUAUACUAGUCCACUUUACUCUCGUCUCUCUUUACUUCAUAUUCCCUACUUAACUAAGUUCGGUAAGGAAAUCUAAUUACGAACAUUGUGUGUAUUGGUGCAAACAACUUUUAUAAUUAAUUAAUAGAUCCUCUUUCGUGUGUA